AUAUAUAAAAUACACAUAUAUUUUUAAAAAACACUAUCGAAAGUUUAACUUAAAACAUACGCGUAUAUUAUAAAUGUUAUAAAUAAAUUAAUAAAUACCACCACCACAUAAGCUUCACUUUAAUAUUUGCCUGCAUGUAUUUACCAAGUGUUUGCCUUAAUAAAUUGGCGUCGAGAUGAAUACCAUUCGACCAUGCGGCUGCAAAGGUGUUCGUACAUGUUUACAAUGCGAGAGCGACUAUAAGAUUAUGAAAAUAUCGUUGCAAGAAGAAUUCUUGAAACUACGUGCACUUAGCUAUUGUGUAGAAUGCAAAUGCUUAUAUUCGGGCUGGCAACCGGCAAAUGUACGGAACGAACAUCCCGAGCAUCGUGGCGAAGAGGGCAUCAGGCUUUCUGGAAUUUUGGUGCUUGAAAAUUUUUUAACUCCUUCCGAAGGUAACGAUUUGAUGAUAGAACUGGACAAAUUGCCAUGGACGGUAUCGCAAAGUGGUCGACGAAAACAAAACUAUGGACCAAAAACAAAUUUCAAAAAACGUAAAUUACGAAAUGGCAAUUUUUCUGGAUUCCCAGCUACAACAGAAUAUUUACAGACACGUUUUAAGCAAAUACCAUUACUGCGUGAUUUCCAAAGUAUUGAGCAAUGCAGUUUGGAAUACACAGAAGCCAAAGGCGCCUGUAUAGAUCCGCAUAUUGACGAUUGCUGGAUUUGGGGUGAACGUGUUGUUACUGUUAAUUGCUUAGGAAGUGCUGUGCUAACGCUAAAAUUGUAUGAUAGUACAGGAGAUAUAUCAAAUAGAUACAAUUUAGAUUUAGUACAGGAAUAUAAACACAAACUAAUAUCGCCUUUAGAGGAUGUAGCAGAACUUGGGCAAUACAAAGAUUGUGUUAUACGUAUACCAAUGCCAAAUCUCUCCCUCAUCGUUUUGUAUGGAGCUGCAAGGUAUCAAUUUGAGCACGCUGUUCUACGCGAAGAUAUUACUGGUCGACGGGUGUGCUUAGCAUAUCGAGAAUUUACGCCUAUGUAUUUGAAAGGCGGAGAAUUAGAAGAAGAAGGUAAUGAUAUAACAACGAACGCUAAAAUAUUUUGGAAUAAUAAUUUUGAUGUAGAAAACUGAAAUUUCAUUGCACCGCUAUAUGUAUAUAAAAUCUAUUUAUAUAUAAUUACAAAAUAUAACUCCUUAAUUU